AAAAUUUAACCAUUUUUUCAGGGUUGAUGGAGGUGUUUCACGCAAUGAUUUCGUAAUGCAAUUACUGUCGGACUUAACGGGAUUGGAAGUUGAGAGAGCUAAAGAGACUGAAAUGUCAAUUUUGGGAGUCGCACUUCUUGCAGGAUUGCAAUCUGGAACAUGGAAAAGUAAAGAAGAUUUACCUAAAAUUCGCACAAUCGACCUUUUCAAGCCAAAUAAAGAUAGGGGUUUAAAAUAUGAACCGAUUUUUAAUCAAUGGAACAAAGCAGUUGACAGGUUUAAACAAUGGUAUUAACUAUAACCUUAUUGACUGAUAAAAAAGUCAGUUUGACUGAAUAAUUAAAGUACCACAAUGCAAAACUCCGUGCCUUAAAUAGUAUUUCUUAAUUAAAAAAUUUUAAUUUGUCACAUUCUAUUCAAUAUCAUUUUACAUGUUAAAUAUACACCUACAAGUUUUUAGUAACAAACCUAAUGAAAAAAUAGAUUAUCUGCUGGUUGUGAAAAUUUUGUAUUAAUUUAUCUUUUUUUUAUGUGAACAAUUUUAAGGUCAAGCAUAGGUAAAUAAUUUAUUUAACUAGAUACUCUUCUGAACCAUGUGCCUUGCAAUUUUUCGUGGCGUAAAAAGUGUAAAUAAUUUUUUUAUAUCCAAAUAUUAAUUUAUAAGUA